UUCACGUCCGAUCCCAUGAUGAACCUGCUGAAACCGGAAGUAGCUACGUGUUCAUUUUCGCUACAGUUCCGGAAGCAACACUACAAACAGCUACAGAAACGAGCAAGAGUUGGUGCUUUCUCCUGUGAAGGAGUACAGCAAAAAUAGCACCAUGUUGCCGACCACCUCACCGCACAACAACGACGCCCUCGCUUCUAGGGAUGCUGCACGUCACACGGCAGGUGCCAAACGCUAUAAAUACCUGCGACGGCUGCUUUAUUUCAAACAGAUGGACUUUGAAUUUGCCGUGUGGCAGAUGCUGUACUUGUUUACAUCACCACAGAGAGUCUACCGCAACUUCCACUACAGGAAACAGACCAAGGACCAGUGGGCCAGGGACGACCCUGCUUUCCUGGUCCUGCUCAGCAUCUGGCUAUGUGUGUCAACAAUAGGCUUUGGUCUGGUGCUGGAUAUGGGAGUCCUGGAGACUCUGAAGCUGCUGCUGUGGGUGGUUAUUGUUGACUGUAUAGCAGUCGGUCUGCUCAUAUCAACCCUUAUGUGGGUUAUCACCAACAAGUACCUGCUGAAACAUCCCAGCAGAAGCUUUGAUGUGGAGUGGGGCUAUGCAUUUGAUGUUCACCUCAAUGCUUUCUACCCGCUUCUAGUCAUUCUGCAUUUCCUGCAGCUCUUCUUCAUCAACCAUGUUGUGGUAAUAAACUCAGACUGGUUCCUGGGAUACUUUGUUGGGAACACUUUAUGGCUGAUCGCCAUCGGUUAUUAUCUCUACAUCACGUUCUUAGGGUACAACGCUCUGCCCUUCCUGAAGAACACAGUGGUGCUGCUCUACCCCUUUGCUCUGCUCGGCCUCAUCUACGUCCUCUCCGUCUCUCUGGGCUGGAACUUCACUCGGGGUCUCUGCUGGUUUUACAAGUACAGAGUCCAGUAGAACCAGCUUGUCUCUGAGGUUGGAAACUAGUUGGCUACAGGCCGACUCAAAGUCUGUUUUCAACUCACAUCUAGGUGACAACGAAUCCAUUUCCAGCUUCUGUCAGUCAACACCUGGCUGAGAAGGACUUGGCCUCUGGUUGACUCGCAGUAAACUGGGACACUGGGUUGAUUGACGCUGAGCUGGUUGACUGUCGCUCGAAUCUCAAUUGACUCUGUUGAUUUUCUGUUUGGCUCUUAUGUUGAGCUGGAGCUCCAAAGUCAGUGAACGGCAAUGUGUUUGGACUAGUUGCAGAAACGGGGGACAGAUGAGAUACAGCUUUUUAUUGUUGUUCUUUUUGUAUGAUUUGUAAAUAGUAUUCUGGCAGGUUGUAAUAUAUACACCAAUGAAGACGUUUCUGAAGACGAAAAAUUUGCUUUGUUUCUUUGAGUUUUCUUUUAAAGAAAAAGACAGAAAAGAAUCUAAUCCUGCUUAUUGAAGAGAAAAAAAGAAAGUGGAAGAACAUGGGAUGCAAACUUUUUUUCCCCUUUUCUUUUUUUCUUAAAGUGUACAUUCCAAAGCACUUUCAAUAAAAGGUUUUAUUAACUUAA